GGACGCUAAUUUUAGCGGUAAUUUGAAACUAAUGAAGAAACUUUUCACAGCUGGUAUAAAUUUUAACAACUGUAGUCAAAGGCCCUUUGAGCUCCAAAACUGCAGGUCAACUUAUGUAUCUGCUUUCGGUUUCAACCAGUCGGUAGAAAUUUUUGAUCGUCAUGGUGAGAAGAAGUUGGAAAUACCUUUACCAGGGGAGGCAACCUGUAUGUCCUGGGAUGCAGAUGGUGAUAAUCUAGCAAUCAUCGAUGACAAAACAUCUUCCGCUACAUUGUGGGAUUCCAUUUCUUUUAAAAUCAGUCAGAUCCAUACUGGAAUGAAAGACAAUCUCACUAUCCUUUCAUGGUCCAAAGUGGGUAGCCGUUUAGCUAUUGGGACGAGUAAGGGUAACCUUAUCAUAUACAAUCAUAAAAAUUUGAAGAAAACAUCCCUUCUUGGAAAACACACCAGAAGAAUAGCAUGUGCUGUGUGGAGUAAAAAUAACAUCAUUGCAUUAGCAAGCGACGAUAAAAGCAUUACCAUAAACUCUUCCGAAGGCGAUUUGAUUAGACAUGCCAUGAUACAUGAUCAACCUUCAAGUUUGAACUUUGGUCGGAUGAAGCUUGAUGAUCUAUCUAAAAAUGAAGAUAAUACAGUCAGUUGUAUUAUUGGUAAGAAGAAAUUAUUUUUAUUAAAUCUGGAUAAUAUGGAAAAUCCAUUUGAAUUGGCAUUUCGUCAAACUUAUGGUGAUCUAAUUGCAUAUCAUUGGUUUGGUGAUGGAUAUAUUAUGGUUGGCUUUUCAAAUGGUUACUUUGUUGUAAUCUCAACACAUUCAAGUGAAUUUGGCAAAGAAAUCUAUCAAAUUCGUGAUCAUAAAGAUAGUUUACAUGAUAUUUCAAUGUCUACAGUGUUAAAUCGAUGUGCAACUGUUGGUGAUCAUUGUGUCAAAAUUCACGAUUUACAAAAUAUUCAUGAAUUAACAGCAAUUAUUGAAUUGGAACAACAAGACGAUGAAGACGUGAUUCAUCAUCAUUCCCAUCAUCAACAUCAUCAACAUCAGCAUCAGCAUCAGCAUAAUACUACUAUUAAUAACAAUAUAAAACCUAAAAGUAUCGAUAAUAGUACAUUAAAAUAUCAAUUACAAUGGUCAAAUGAUGGUCAAUUAAUGGCUAUUUGUACACCACAAAAACAUUUACAUGUAUUUCUAUGUCAGCUGCCAAUGUUAGCUGCAUUAGCUCCACCCAACAGUACCAAUCUAUUAGCACGAUUGACUUCAUUAUUGGAGAUUACAAUUGAACCGAUACCAAAUGCUAAGCAAAUUAUCAACUUGCCUGAACUAUAUCAAACAUCAUAUUUAUUAAAAAUUGACAUUGAACCAACAUUUAUUGGUUUUGGACAAAAAUAUCUAGCUGUCGGCAUAAAUAAUCAUGUUUGGUUUUAUGAAUUGACUAAAUCAGAAAUCGUUUUAAUAUCAGAACAUGAUUAUUUAACUACUGUGGAUCGAAUAAGUUUGAAUGAGAAUUAUGCUGCAGCUUGUGGACAAGACGGAAAGCUUACGUUACACUGGAUAAAUCCAAAGACAUUUUCUAAUCAAUCACAAAUGACGAAACAUGAAAACCAAUGGAAUAACAUUUUUAAUAAUGAUACCGAUCAAUUGCCACAUCAAUCGUGUAUAUUUCCACAGUCAAGUUCAUUUGAUUUAAAGAUUACAUCAUUUAAAUUAACUAAUGAUUUUCUAGUUUAUUCAACAAAUCAUGGUGAAAUAUUUCAUUUCAAUAUAUUGAAUUGGAAUUAUGCUAAUAAAUAUCAUCAUUAUUGUGCUGUCCUACAUAUUUUCCCGAAUACAACUGGAACACGUAUUGCAUUGAUUGAUGAAAAAGCAUUAGCUUUCAUUUAUAAUCCAGCUAACGAUCAAUUGAUAGAAAUUCCAGAGUUUUGUCCUUCAGUAAAUAAUAUUUUAUGGGAUUUAGAAGAUACAGAGAAUCCUUUACUGAUUGCUUACGACAGUGUACGAAUCAAUGUUUAUCGUUACUUUGUGAAUGAAUGCAUGCUGACAAACAUAUCAAUAGUAUCUCCAAGAACAGCUGAUAACAAUUUAAAAAUGUCAAUGCAACAAAUAACCGAUAAAUGUUCGAAUGAUUCCUCCAUUUCUGUUACAAAUUCUACUAAUAAUUUAAAUAGUAUGAUAAUUAAUAGGAGUAACAGUGUGACAUCGAGCAUAUUUAGUAAUAAUCAUCGAAUUGAUUCUAACAAGCUGCCUAGCAGAGCAACAGCAGUAUUUGGAAAUUGUCAUUUAGUUGGAGUUACACGACUAUGUUAUGGACAUAUACCAUUAUGCUGUGUCAAUGGGGAAUUAUGCAUGCUUAGCCCAACUGGACGUUUAUCAAUUCAAUCGUUAACAACUCAUCAAUUUCGAUUGUAUAGUACUGGAAUAAAACAAUUAACUACUAAUGAUGAGAAAUAUUUCAACAAUGAUUUGCUUAAAAAAAAUUUAGAAUCUACAAGAUUAAAGAAGUUAUCUAUUCAUGAUAAGAUUAUCUACUUUGAACAAGCCUUAAAAGCUGGCUGUUACGAAGAUGCAGAAAUAUUUGCUAAUCAUUUGGAUUCACAACAAAUCUGGAAUCAAUUGGGUAUGAGUUGUUUACGUGUUAUGAAAUUCGACUUGGCAAUCAGAUGUUUUCGAUCAAUUGAAGAUCCUGGUCUUAUUUUAGCUGUACAAAGACUUCAAAAGAUUGAAGAUCGUUAUUUACUUGCCGGUUAUAUUUCAAUGAUUUUAAAAGAAUUCGAUAAAGCUGAAGAAUUAUUUUUAAUCUCAUCGGAACCAAUCACAGCGUUGGAAAUGAGACGAGAUCUUUUACACUGGGAAGAUGCAUUACAAUUAGCACGUAAUUUAGCACCAAAAGAAAUACCAUUUAUAUGUCGUGAAUAUGCUAUGGAAAUGGAAUGUAUCGGUGAUUAUGUCAAUGCUUUAAUGCAUUAUGAACGUGCAUUGAACCCGACGGUUGCUACUGCUGCUGUUGAUGAUGAUGAUGGCGAUAAUACUAAUGAAGAUUUGCUUUUAUGGAAUGUUGAAGAAAAUCAUCAACGUUCACAAAAAAAAAGACAAGAUUACAAUCAAGAAGAAUGGUCAAAACACAUUGAUUUGUGUAAUGCUGGUAUUGCACGAAAUGCCCUACGUCUGGGUGAUAUAAAAAGAGGAAUGGAAUUAGCUUCUACAACUGGAAAUUCUAAUCUACAAAAAGAAUGUGCUGAUAUUUUGGAACAAUCGAAACAAUGGCAAGAAGCAGGCAAUCUAUACGAACUAGCUGGACUUUAUGAAUCCGCUGUGAAUGUUUAUCUUAAAUGUAAAAAUUAUGCAAAAGUUGGUGAACUAUUAAUGCAUGUGACAAAUGCACCACGAUUACAUUUACAAUAUGCUAAAGCACGUGAAAGUGAUGGAGCAUAUAAAGAAGCAGUGGUAGCUUAUGAAACAGCAAAUGAUUUUGACUCAGUCAUAAGAAUACAACUUGACAAAUUGAACAAUCCUAAUGAAGCUAUACGUAUAUUGAAUAAAUCACAUAGUUUGGAAGGUGCUAAAUUAAUUGCUCAAUAUUUUAUACAAAAUAAUGAACCAGCUAAAGCAAUACAAUUUCUUGUUCUAUCGAAAUGUUACGAUGCUGCAUUUGAUUUAGCAAGAAAGCAUAAACAAAUGGAAUUGUAUGCAGAAUUUAUUGGUGCAGAAGGAUCUGCCAGUGACUAUCAAAGUAUUGCAUGUUAUUUUGAAAAUGAAAAGAAUUGGUAUUUAGCUGGUAAAUAUUAUUUAUUAGCUAAACAAUAUGAAAAGGCUAUCAAACAUUUGUUGCAUGUGCCUUAUGAAGAGAAUAGUCCAGCUAUUGAUUUAGCACUUGAAGUAGUCGGUGAAGCAAACGAUAGCCGUUUAACUCAUUUAGUCAUUGUUUAUUUAAUGGGUGAAACUGAUGGUAUCGUGAAAGAUGCUAGAUAUUUAUUUCGUUUAUACAUGGUAUUGAAACAAUAUAAAGAAGCGGCUAGAACUGCAGUGAUUAUAGCUAGUGAAGAACAGAUCAGUGGAAAUUAUCGUAGUGCACAUGAUUUAUUAUUUAGUAUGGUACAAGAAUUACGACAACGACGCAUACAUGUCCCGUUUGAAAUGUUUGAAAAUUUAACUUUAUUACAUUCGUAUAUACUUGCAAAGGUUCAUGUUAAAAAUGGUGAACAUUUACUUGGUGCCAGGAUGUUAAUUCGUGUAUCAGAAAGUAUUAGUAAAUUUCCUGCUCAUAUUGUUCCGAUUUUAACAAGUACUGUCAUUGAAUGUCAAAAAGCUGGUUUAAAAUCAGCGAGUUACAGCUAUGCUGCCAUGUUACUACGUCCUGAAUAUCGUGAUAAAUUAGAUGCAAAAUAUCGUCGUAAAUUUGAAACACUUGUACGUCGACCUGAUUUAAAAACGAAUGGUGUUGGAGAUUUGUCAGGUGUUGGUUCUAAAUUAAGCCAAUCAAAUCAUUCUAUUGUUGAGACGUCUACACCAUGCCCGUCUUGUGGAUCUCCUCUACUGGAGACUAGUUUAUACUGUACUGAAUGUCGAAGCACAAUACCAUAUUGUGUGAUCACGGGUUAUCAUGUUAUAAAAAAUGAUUUUGCCACAUGUCCUGGAUGUCAGUUCCCGGCAUUAUACAGUGAACUCAUGAGAUAUGUUGAAACUGUUCCAUCCUCGAUUUGUCCAAUGUGUAAUGUUAAUUUAACACGUGACAGUAUACGACGUCUAAUUGAUUCCAGUGAUAUUUUAAAUCAAUGGAUUAAUUCAUUGAAUGUCGUCGAUUUGGGCGAGAAUGAAUCAGAUGAGAAAUGUGCAGAGAGUCAAGUAAACAAAUAAAUGAUAGCAGCGAUAAAGUAUGAUCUGUGAAUAUUUUCAUCAUUGAAGGUUGUUGUUUGUUGUGUUUUUCCAAAUCAAUUAAAAUAAAAUUUUGAAAAAAUAUAUUUAAAUUCCUCUUUUGUUAUAUGACCAAAAACUGUGUUAAUCAAAGGAAGGAAACAUUUGAAUGGAAGGUUCCUUUAUUUUUACUUUUUUUUUUAAAUAAUACGCCUAAAUUUCACGUUUAGUUUGAUGAGUUGUUCAAUAGUUGAGAUGUUUCUCUCUCUUUCAUUUACAUUUAUCACCUUAGGUCUGCUUAAACUUUUAUUUAUUAAUCUUCAUUUAAAAUGCCCUGACAAAUGAAUUUGUGUGACUAGAUUGUCCGAAAUGUAUAAGCACAAAGAUAUAUCAUAAAUUUUUCUU